AUGGCAGGAUUGGGAAUUCUAGCAUCAACCGUUGGCAUAUAUGCCUCCACGCUAGGCAUUGUCAACUUUUUCUCAGGCCAGUUCGCCCAGGUCGACGCCGAUCAUCACUAUAUAUGGCACCUGGGGGGUCACACCUAUAAAAUCCAGCUGGGCCUGGAUGUCUACAACGGUCUCGAUGGAGGCGCCGGCACCUUCCCAUCCAUCCGCGCCUGGAAUGAGAACUGCGUAUACGUAGGCGGAUUCGCCACGAACGACAGCCAAUUCAUCGAGAACGGCGCGCACGAAACGGUACACAUCAUCCCGGAAGACAAACACAUCCUGGAGCAUCAGUCACCCUACACGCUUCACUACGCGUGGGUCGGCGACUGGGCGCAGCCCGCCGGCGUGCCGUGGUUCUACUCAAACGUCUACAUCAACAGCAGAGACUACGUCGACGCCUGCAUGUGGCUCCAGCAGUACGGCGGCGACGAGAACAAGACCUCCGUCACGGGCUUCCAGAUCCACUGGCCAAGUUUCUACUUCACAGAUAAAGACCUGCCGGGAGACAAAGAGGGGAAGGAUGCCUUGAAGGCCAAAGAUUAUGGGCGACAAAUCGAUCUUCUCCGUUCGGAACACCAUCUUCACGGCGACGAUGAGGGGUCUGGAAAUGGCACCGAAUCCGCCGGGAUCUCCUGGCCCCACGGCUUCCCCGAGAUCGCGCGGAACGAGACUCGGGCCGUCAGGAAGAAGCGUACGGACGAGGAGAAGUCCGGCGGCCGGCUCGUCGUCUCCGAGCGCGCCCAGCAUCUCGCGACCACGCUCUGUGAGAGCGAGACUUCGCUCGGCCCCAACUUCCUCAACGUCGCCGAGGGCAAGUUCUGCCACAUGACGUAG